ACAACAGCCAAACAAACCUCUUACUCCAUGUCAGGCCUUUACCUUAGCCUGCAGAGACUGGGAGGGGGAGGAUGCCUUGGCACUUGGCCUUGAGGGUGCUGACUAAGGAACCUGUGGUGUCUGGGUUGUUGCAAUGUGAACUUGCAGCUGAGCCUGAGCAAACUGGGCUGUGUCAGGCGUUGCCAGCAAAGAGCAGCUGGUGCCUGUGCCUGGGAAACCCCUUCCGAGCCGGGAGAUCACGCGCAGCUCCGCUGGCAAGAUUGCUGUGGUACCCUGCCCCUCCGUCCUGCUGCAAUGAGUGGGAAGUCCUUGCUCCUGAAGGUGAUUCUCCUUGGAGAUGGUGGAGUGGGGAAGAGCUCCCUCAUGAAUCGCUACGUCACCAACAAGUUUGACUCGCAGGCAUUCCACACUAUCGGGGUGGAGUUCUUGAACCGGGACCUGGAGGUGGACGGGCGUUUUGUGACCCUCCAGAUUUGGGACACUGCGGGACAGGAGAGGUUCAAGAGCCUGCGGACGCCCUUUUACCGGGGAGCAGACUGCUGCCUGCUGACCUUCAGCGUGGAUGACCGGCAGAGCUUUGAGAACCUCAGUAACUGGCAGAAGGAGUUUAUCUAUUAUGCCGACGUGAAGGACCCUGAACACUUCCCAUUUGUAGUGCUGGGCAACAAGAUAGACAAACUGGAGAGACAGGUGAGCACAGAGGAGGCCCGGGCCUGGUGCAUGGAGAACGGUAACUAUCCGUACCUGGAGACUAGUGCCAAGGAUGACACCAAUGUAACGGUGGCCUUUGAGGAAGCCGUGCGGCAGGUGCUGGCGGUGGAGGAGCAGCUGGAGCACUGCAUGCUGGGCCACACCAUUGACCUCAACUCCAGCUCCAAGUCAGGCUCUUCCUGUUGUUGAGAGUGGCUGCUGCUCUGGGAGCGGCGCUCGAGCCGGCGGCUGGAUCGGAACACGCCUGGGCAGCCCUGGGGCACUCUGAGGAGAGUGGCCACAAGGACAAGAGGUGGUUUGCUCACUGGGGAGCUGCAGCCUCACCAUCUGAAUCCUGCCUGGAGUUUUCAGGCACAGAGCAUGUAUCUGCAGGAGGGAGCUGUUAACAGAGCAUGUGAGCAUAGUCUUGCUUCCAUCUCUGCAGGUUUAAGGGGCUGAGUUAAAGUCCUUUAAAUUCCCUAAAGACAAUAGGGAUUUGUUCUGUACCAAGAACUGCCUGCAGAGCAAAGCUGAGAGCAUCCUUUACACUGAAGUAUUUUAGUCCUGAACUAAAAAAAAAACAUUAGACCCACUCAUGACCAUACUGCCAAAGGAAAUCCCACUCAGCGUACUGAACAAAACCUGUCGUAAAGACUCUGGCCCAUGUGACUCUGAGAAAGCCAAAUACUGGAGUGGCUGGGAUGUGUGUCUGUUGUUUGGGAUAAGUGUAUUGUGUCCUGAGGCUGAAUUAUGAUGAGAAUUGUUAGAGCUCCAACCUGAAACAACAUAGGAAGGGAGAGAUGGGCUUGUGUUUGAAUGUGACAGCUUUGUUACUUCAUAGCUGCCUAUUUCUGGCCUGUUUUUCCUCACCUCUAACUUUGUCUUGUGUGAGUGUUAUUUUUUUGGAGAGACUGUCUGCUUGUUGUUUAAUACAUGUUUCCUUGUCUCUCGUGGAAGCUCAGCCUUGAAGCCCUGGGUGAAAAACACCAAUGUGGACGCUCGCUGGGUCAUGUCAAAGGGUUACUCAGGAGAGCUGGUUCAGAAUUUCAGCUGGUUUCUGUCACAAGUAAUCACUGUGUUCAGGUGAUGUGCUCUAGCAGACCAGAUGGCAGGUGGGUGGGCUGUCUCCUAGGUGUGCAGGUGGUUGGGGGGCUCAUGUGUGGUCAGCUGUUAAACCCUCUGGCCUUCUGGCACCAGUGACCACUGUGCCUCACUUGCUGGCAGAUCCAUGCCUUCAGUUGCUCUAGCAUGGACGUUCCCAUCUGAAUGCUGCAGCACAGAAUCAUUCACUGUUGUCAGGCACGGUGCUGCUGAGCACAGUUAGCUCAUGCCAUCAUCCUGGCCCUUGAUCCCUCGUGGGAAAUCCAGGAUGUUUUAUCUGCAAUUCCUCUGACAGACUGGUCAAGUGUCUGCUCAGUUAACUGCUGUGUUCAGCCCAGUGCGGAGAAAGCUGCACCACUUUUCUCAGUUUGAGGUGGCUGAAAAAUGGGCAUGGGGAGCCCAAGGACUUUGCUCCCAUCUCCUUUCCUCUGCUAGGUGUUAGUCCCAGGCUGGCUGUGCAGCAGAGAUGAGCUUGCUGGCUGCUGUCUUUGCCAUUCAGACCUCGUGCCCUGCAGCCUCCCUGCAAGCAUUUGACCAAAGCUGUGAGUGCCCACAGGCACGUAGGAGCCUGCCCCGAGCACUGCCCCGAGCACGUAUCCGCUGGCUGCCGGCUGUGGUUCCCACUGGGAUCAGCUGCUGGAUGGUAAAUUUUGUAGCUCAAAUCAAGCAACCCUCCCUUAAGCUGUGCUUUAGAGCAGGGCAGUCUCUGCCCUGUGCUGGCAGCUUGUCCCCAUCAUGGCACAGUCUGAGCAUGCAGAGCAUGAGCAUUCCCUCAUUUCCUCUGGGGUAACACAGGGAGAUCUUGUCCUUCUCUGCAGGGCAACCGUGUGUGGAAGGGACUGGAGUAUUAAUGCUUUAAGGGGAUCUAAUUUCUAAACAGGCCUGAACAGUUGUAUUCAUCUAGGCAGCUCUUGCAGUCUCUGGAAAAACAGGUCCCUUAAGGAGAAGGUUCUGCCUCUGUAGGUGAAAGAGAUUUUUACAGAAUGUUAUUGUUACUGUUUAUUUAACUGUGUCUGACCUCCUGAGGCCUCUAGAUUUUUCUUCAUUAGCGCUGCUUGAUAUUUCCUUCGAGAUCCCAGGCUCAGUGACCUGUGGUUCCAGUUUCCAUCCCUGAGCAGCCUCAUUCCCUGGAGCUGGUUUGUGCAGGGGCUGAGGGUCAGAACAGCCUCAAGCCUCCGUGUGCUGCCCGGCCCUGCCUGGGGGCUGCUGAAGGUGGAACUGCCACUUCCCCGUGGCUCUCCAGGGGUCUGUGUGAGGACUGGCACCUCCUGUGGAAGAGGGCAGAGGUUCAGCGUGCCACAGUGCAGGAGGCACACGUGCAGCUGUUUGCAGCACCCUGUGUGUGUCAAUGCUGGUAGCUAAAGCUCAAGAGCCUCGUUAUGCACGUUACACAGCACCUUUUAUUUCUAACAGACAUUGGAUCAUUGACUUGUUUUAUAUUAAACCCCACCUAUUAGGCUUACGUGUUUUUUUUUAAAAAAAAGGUAGAUUAUAAUAUAUUUGAACUGUUUAAUUUAUUUUAAAUGAAACGCACAACUCCCAAAGGAACCAGGAUUUUGAAUUCUGUUGCAAGUUCAGUGCCAACAGCCAUCCCUUCCCCUGUGUCCACUCGUGCUGCUGCGGUUGUUGCUAUUGCUACAGAACUGGAAUUGUAAAACCAAGAUUCUACCUUUAUUUAAGCAAAUAAAACAUGGAUGUAUU